UUAUGUAGUUAAAUAUAUUGAAAUUUUUUAAUAAAUCAAAUAAAUAAUAUUAUAUGUUUCUAUCUUAAUUCAAAUUAUUGAAUACGAAGUAUACCAUUUAUUUUAAUAAAUAAUAUUAACGUACUUCAUAUUAUUCAAAUUAAUAGAUUUUAUUUGAACAAUCUGUGUUGUUUUCUGUGUUGAAUGAGUUUUUGUUUGAACUGAGGUACCAUUUGUUUUUGGAACCUAUUACAUAAAAGAAUACAAAUGUCACAUAACAACUAUUCUGGAGAACGUACUAUUCAUGAAUAUAUAAAUAGAAAUGCAGAAACUGAUAACAUGCAUCCAGCUAUACUUAGGUCAGAGGUUGAAGCUAGACCCAUGAGAUCUAGAUCAUUUGUUCCUAAUUCAUUACCUUUAACAAAUACUGCUUCUCCUAAAGGUUAUACACCUAGUCCACAAAAUGGAGAAAUACCUCAUUCUAAAUUUUCCACUUCUAAAAUUGAUGUGAUUAAAAACUGGAGUGUAUCAACUUAUAAGUGUACUAAACAGUUAAUAAAUGAAAAACUUGGAAAAACAUCAAAAACUGUUGAUAUAGAAUUAGAGACUGAAAUUGAACAAUUACGAGAAACCCAAAAAAAAUAUGGAAAUAUAUUAAAGCUAGCUAAAAAUAUGGCUACACAGUUUCAUAACUUUAUUCAAACACAACAAUUACUUGGUGAAGCAUUUGCUGAUUUAAGUCAAAAAUCACCAGAACUUCAACAAGAGUUCAUACAAAAUUCCGAAGCACAAAAGUGUCUAUCAAAAAAUGGCGAUCACUUACUUAGUUCUCUAAAUUUUUUUGUUUCAUCAGUCAAUACUCUGUGUAAUAAAACUAUAGAAGAUACAUUAAUUACUAUAAAGCAAUAUGAAUGUGCCAGAAUUGAAUAUGAUGCAUAUCGUUCAGACCUUGAAAUGUUGGCUCAAAUACCAAGGACCACUUCAAACACAAUACGAGUUGAUGAGGCUCAACAAAACUAUCAACAACACAAGGAAGAAUUUGAAAAAUUACGUUCUGAUGUUAUUGUGAAGCUUAAAUUUCUUGAUGAAAAUAGAAUAAAAGUAAUGCAUAAACAAUUAUUGAUGUUUCAUAAUGCUACAAUAGCAUAUUACUCUAACAAUCAUCAAGCUUUAGAACUAUCAUUAAAACAAUUUAAUUUAAAACCAAAGUCACCUACUACACCAUCACUGGCAGCAUCUUGGUUAGAAAAGUAAUUCAACAACAAAAAAUUGUUUUAUUUCAUAUUUGAUUUUCAAAUCAUAAACUGUAAUUUAUUCAACUACGAGUAUGCAUUUUAUUGUGAUAAAUUUAGUUUUAUUGUCAUCUUUAUUCUGGAGUUGAAGGCAUCAGUGCAAUAAUGUAGGAGUUCCAACUUUCUGUAAAAUCAUGGUUUAAACAAAUGUAAUAAAAAAAAAUAUGCAUUUUUUUCAAACAAAAAAUGUCAAAAAUCCAUAUUAAAAUUAAAAAAAAUUAAAUGUACCCGUUAGUAAGCUUCUAUAUGAAAAUCUUUAGUUUUUUUACUAAAAAGAUUAUAAAAAAAAAUAAAGCUACUAUAUUUUGCACUGAUAUUUUCAAUUAAAUCUUGUGACAUAUUCUUUCAUAUACUAAAUUAUUGUAUUAUUUAUUGAUAAAUAAAUAUCAAUUAUUUAUUUAUAAAAUCAUCUAUUUAUUGUAGUAAUUGAUUUUUUGUUUAUUUUCUAACUUCUAUUUUGAUUGAAAUAUUUAACUUCAAGACUAAAAUGUUAAA